CGUGCUGCUGUCCCUUCAGCAAUAAAGAAAGAACUCCUCUUAAAAGUAAAAGACGAAUUGAUGAGAGCUGCAGGUAUUGACAUUGAAAUUAAUUCCGAAAACUCAACAAGGGAUUAAAUAGAAGAUUUUUUAACAUGGAGACGGACCGAUCUAAUUUCUGCGGCUGUAAAGGUAUAAGAACGUGCCUGAAAUGUGAGGAACAUUUUAAAAUACAGAAACCAUCAUUAGAAUUUUCUCAGAAUUGUUACACUUACUGUCCUGAAUGCAAUAUGGCUUUUCGAGAAACUGAGCUACAUCAUCCUGACCACUCCACUGACUUUAUCAAUUUCCCUGGAGUAUUUAUUGAGCAAGAGUUUAUAUCUGAAAAAGAAGAGCAAUCGUUAAUCGAAGCCCUUGAUUCUUUACCAUGGGAUCCUUCUCAAAGUGGAAGGAGAAAGCAGAAUUUCGGACCCAAAUGCAAUUUCAAGAAACGGCAUUUGCAGAUUGGUAGCUUUUCUGGAUUUCCUGUGACAACAAAAUUUAUACAGGAUAAGUUCUCUGGAGUUGAUAUUAUAAAAGACUACCAAACAAUAGAACAGUGCUCGUUGGAGUAUGAUCCAAGAAAUGGGGCUUCAAUCGAUCCUCAUAUCGACGAUUGCUGGAUUUGGGGAGAAAGAAUCAUCACUGUGAAUCUUUUAUCAGACUCUGUUUUGACUCUUGUUCCUUACCAAGGUGAUCCCAAGCGGUACAACCUAGACUUGGCCCCAGUAGAGUAUAGGAACUGUUUGAAAAGUGAUAUAAAUGUGACUGUAAGGGUGCCUAUGCCUCGUAGGUCUCUCCUAGUGUUGUAUGGAGAAGCCAGAUAUUGCUGGGAACACAUGGUUUUAAGGGAAGACAUCAAGGAACGGAGAGUGUGUUUAGCUUACAGGGAAUUCACUUCUCCUUAUCUUCCUGGUGGAGACAAUCAUUUUAAGAGUAACGAAGUGUUUGAAAAAGCAAAGAUGUUUUGGUAAUUAUAUGCUUUCCUUAACAUACAA